AUGGCGGAGCGAGUUGGUGACGGUGAUUUUUCGGAAGAAAAUAUACAGAAAUUUAACAAUGAAAGGCGGAGCAGUAAACAGUGGGUUAAGCUUAAUGUUGGUGGAACAUAUUUCCUGACUACGAAAACAACGUUAUCUAGGGAUCCUAAUUCAUUUUUGUAUCGAUUAGUUCAAGAGGACAGCGAUUUGAUUUCAGAUAGGGACGAAACUGGCGCUUAUUUAAUAGACAGAGAUCCGACGUAUUUUUCACCGGUCCUAAAUUAUCUUCGUCACGGUAAACUGGUUAUUAACAAUGACAUCGCUGAAGAAGGCGUAUUGGAAGAAGCAGAGUUUUAUAAUAUUACUGAACUUAUUAGAUUAGUCAAGGAAAGAAUAUGUUUAAGAGAAAGAAGACCCCUAAAAGAUUCCAAAAAACAUGUUUACAGAGUGCUACAGUUCCAUGAAGAAGAGUUGACACAGAUGGUGUCAACAAUGUCAGAUGGAUGGAAGUUCGAACAGUUAAUCAACAUAGGGUCUCAGUAUAACUACGGCAAUGACGAACAUGCAGAGUUUCUGUGUGUUGUUAGUCGUGAGUGUGGCAGUUCUCUAAACAGUAAUGACAUAGAACCUACGGACCGUGCCAAGGUGCUUCAACAAAAAGGGUCACGGAUGUGA